CUUUUUUCUUUUUUUUUUUUUUUUAAUGUAUUGCGGAAGCACUGAGCUAUAUCCCCAACCCACAUCUUUUUGAGAUAGUCUCAAAAAGUCUGGCAGCUGGCCUCAAACUCAGUAAUUCUGCCUCGGCCUCAGAAGUACUAAGAUUACAGGCGUGUGCCACCAUGCCUGGCCGCUCAGCCCUCUUAAGUGAGUAUCUCCCUAAGUUGCUUAGGAUGACCAUUAACUUGCAAUCUUACUGCCUCAGCAAUCCUGAGUAUCUGGAAAGACCGACGUAGAUGACACUUUAUGGGUUUUGUUUGUUUUAGGGGUUUAUUUGUUUGUUGUUGUUGUUUUUUAUUACUUUACAUGGACUUAGAAGUGGUUCUGAUGGUCCAGGCAGAAUGAGUAAUAAGCGUUAUUCUCUUAGCAGUUUUCCCAAGCUAUGUCCUGUCUAAGCGGCCGGUCUCCAGACCCAUCCUCCUCCGUCGGCAUCCACGAGGGAGCAGAGGUGCCUUGAACGCGCAGAUUGGCUUCAGGAUCAGCAUUUUAGGUGCGCAUCCAUGUAAAGUGGCAGAUAUGGAGCUACAGACUGCCCCGCCUUCUCAGUCGCAGGUUUCCCCUGAAUGCAGGGUUCUUCCCUGGCAGGUUCGCUUCAGAGAAAAUUCCCCUCCUCCCCAAGUUCACGUCACCAGCAGAUUCCUCUCUUGCAGUAGGUGCCUCCCGGUUGCACGUCCCCUUCAGUGGCGCAAGGUCCUCGCUAACAGAUUCCCAUCCCCAAGGUUCGCCUGAGUCGCAGGCUCUCCUUAGUCUCCGGUUUGCAUCAGCUGCAGGGGCUCGGCUCCAGAUUCCCUUUAUUCGUAGGCUCGCUUCGGUGCCGGAUUCCCUGCUUCGGCAGAUUCGCCUCACCCGCCAGGCUCCGCCCUCGCCGGGCUCACGUCGGGUGGCGGUGUGCGUAGCAGUCGGCUGUGGCGGGCGCAGAGGGCCUCAUGGCGGCCCGGCCUCAGUCCUCGGGGGCCGCCGUGUCUGCGGCCGCUUACCCUGACUCACCCGUGGAGUUACCCGCUCGCCUACAGAAGGGCGCGAUGCGGCGCCGCUUCUGGGGCGUGUUCAACUGUAUGUGCGCCGGUGCGUUCGGGGCCCUGGCCGCCGCCGCCGCCAAGCUGGCCUUCGGGAGCCAGGUGCGGCCUGGGGCGCCACAAGGGGGCGGGGCCGGGAGGAGGGCGGGGCCGGGAGGAGGCCGCUCAACCUCGGUUUCCGCCUGCGCCCUGCGGGACCACCUGGUUCUAGGUCCUGCCUCCCCGGGGAAGAACCUCCAAGCCCACCUCUCAGUUUAAGCCCCCUUGCCCUAGCCUUUUCCAGCAUGUAACACCUAAGGUGAAUAUUGGCUUAUGUGUCUUAGGCAUUAUUGCCAUGGCCAGCACCAAUUCCCUGAUGUGGACCUUCUUUAGCCGCGGGCUCAGUUUCUCUAUGUCUUCGGCCAUUGCGUCUGUCACAGUGACUUUUUCGAACAUA